AUGGAUCCCGGCUCUGGACUCGAUCACCACAACCAUGGGGACGGGAGGUCGGGCAACGGCCAAGACACGUCGGCCGCGGAAGCUGUCCUCGCCGCGAGACUCUCGCGAAGGCGCACCAAGACCGGCUGCCUCACGUGUCGCAAGCGCCGGAUCAAGUGCGACGAAGGGAAACCGACUUGUCGGAAUUGCCACAAGAGCAAACGCGCUUGCGAAGGCUACAGCAACCGGGUCGUCUUUAGGAGUUCCACUCUCGACCAGCACAGCCCGGCGGCCAAUGGUCAUUCGAUGCAAAUGCAUAGUCCGCCUCAUACGGGCUCGGCUGCCGGUCAGCCCAAUUACUUCGCCCAGCCCGGCUCGAUCACGAGCCAGCCGAGCACGCCGUACGGGGUGAAUCCGAAUUGGAACGGACUCGUGUUUUCUCAAAGCACAAGUCCGCCACACAUGUCCAACGUAUCGGCCACGCCUCCUCAAAGUGCCUUUUUCACACCGAGUCCCGGGUUGGAACAGGCGAAUUGGCCCCCCGGUGGACCUGCUGCGGGGGCCGAGCUCGGAAACACGACCGCCUGGCUGAAUCAAUCGACGAACAGCUCGCCAAGCCAGUUCAACGCCGACUCCACAGGUUUUCCGACCCCGCAAGCUUAUGCGCAAGGACGGUUUCAGUUCGACGACGACGUGAGCCUGGCCGCACCGGCAUCGAUGGACCUCAAUUCACUUCUGUCGGCCGCAGCAGUCCGGACACAGGACGAUGAUUAUUACGACGUAUACGCCGACGAGGACGACAGGAUGGGCCUGUUGCCGGAAGCCGAGAUGGAUCGAUAUCGAGGUGGUCGGCCGAACCAUGGGACGCUCAGCGGACUUCUAGAUAUGAACCAAAUGAUCGCGCACGAUGUCCGCACUCGUGCAUACGACACGUUCGUGUUCCCGGGCUUCCUGGAUCAUUAUCGAGCCGAGCAGGCGGCGAAUCCUUUGAAGAACGACGCGACCAAGCGCGUGUUUGCCCACUUCAUCGCUGUCACCGGGCCGAGCCUGUCCAUUUUCGAACGCCAUCAUCGCAACACUUCAAUGCUGUUCAAUCCAGGAGCCGUACCGGCAUCGCAGCAGGGCCUUUGGACGCACAGCUUGCCCAUGGCUGCCUUGAAAGAUCAAGCGCUCCUGCAGGCCAUGCUUGCGUUGGCCAGCUUACAUAUCGCCCGCCUACAAAACGCCUCUACGACGCCUUCAUUGCUUCAUUAUGGGUGGGCCAGCAAGAGUGUGUUCAAUAGCCUCAAUGACCCAGCAAAACGGCGGCAGCCCACCACCAUCGCAGCGACCCUCUUGCUCGGCUUCUACGAGAUCAUGACAGCCGACCACAUGAAAUGGAACAUGCAUUUGACAGGCGCCAUGCAGCUGUUUGUCGAAACGGAUUUCGCACAUAUGGCGAGAGAAUUCAGACGGAUGAAGAGCCAGCAUGCCACAAACUUCCCACUCGUUGGGACAGGCAACUCUGCGUUGAGACAGGCCGAGGCGCUGGACCAGACGUUUGAUGUCGACGACCGUGUGGUGAGCUUUUUGGUGGGCCGAGAGGUGCGGUACGAUGACCAUGGCAGUGUCGAAGAGGUCGCGCAGCCCCCAAGACCAUCGGCUGGCCUGGAUCUGGCCAAGUAUGAGCUGUUGAAGGAUUUGUACUGGUGGUACUGCAAACAGGACGUAUAUCAGAGCAUCGUCAGCGGCAACCCCUUGCUGAUGGAUUUCAGUCGUUGGGCCAGCUGCCCGCCGCGAGGCCCUCUGGGCCAUCCCGGAGCAGUGUACGGAUCGGUCGACCAUCUCGUGCUCCUGCUCGCCCGAAUCGCCGAUUUCGCAUCACGGGACAGGGCUCGCAAGCUAAAGCAGAUGGAGGCUAACGGUGGGCACUGGCGACCGCCGCCCAGCAUGCAGAUGCACAUGCCGCGACCACCGCCUGGGCAGACACCGCCGCAGCCGCAACAAGCACCAUCGCCACAGUUCUAUGGGAUGGCGCCACCGCCACGUACCAACAUACGAAUGCCCUCGUCCUACGUGCCGACGGACGGGAGCACUGCUACCCAAGCACCGAGCGGCCAGUUCCCGGCUCCCGACCAUGACCUCGAGGCAGCCACCGAUGCCGCCAAAGGAGAGAUGGGUCGCAUCCGAGCAGCUCUGCAAAGAUUUCGGGAGGCGCUCGAGCUGACUUUCCAGCCGCUCGGACCUGAGCACUACGAUUCGCCCGUGACAGCCUUUGGGCCUGCUACGACCUAUUCAUCGGCGGACAUCAGUUGCCUCUGGGCCAUCUAUCACAUGGCGGAGAUCAUCGCCAUCCGCUCCCAUCCCGACAUGCCGCCCGCCGCCCACGUCGCCGCCGCCGUGGCGGCCAGCCUCACCCACGAACACGCGCAAGAGAUCGGCCGCAUCUCCGCCGGCCUGUACGCCAUGGCCGGCGACGGAUCCCUCGGCGGCGGCGGCGACCGAUCGAUCAACCCCAGCCUCGGGGCCGCGCUCUGCGAGAGCUGCAUGCCGUCCUUCUUCGCCGCCAUCCAAUACACGGACGCCGGGCAGCGCGGCGAGACCGUCCGCCAGAUCUUCAGCAUCUCGCGCCGCACCGGCUGGGGCAGCGGCGAGCUCAUCGCCAGCGGCUGCGAGACGUCGUGGGUGAAGGCCGCCAAGCUCGGGCGCGGCCCGCCCUACACGCGGAUCCUGCGCUCCGAGGACAGCGAGGACCCCCGCCUGAACGGCAGCUGGGAGAGGCUCGACCCGGACGCCGAGCCGCCGGAGGAUGGCGACGACGGCGAUCGGAGGCUGGUCCGGAAGAAGCCGACCGCGAGGCUGUUCUGGGGCGUCGGGGUCAUGGGGCGGGAGGGGGAUGUGUAA